AUGGCGACACUCAACAAUGCGGGCCUGGUCUUCUACCCCGCAUUCUGCUUCAAGGCCUCGCCAACCCACUUCGCCUGGGUGAAGAUGGCAGCUGUCGACGUGCAUCGAUUAAGGAGACAGCGCGGGUUCGAGGGUCAAAAUAUCUUCUUUUACCAUAACCACCCCAUCCGCUUCGUCAGCCUCGUCGGGCUCAUCGUCGCCCGCACGGAGAUUACGCGGCGCACGAUCCUGACGUUGGACGACAGCAGCGGGGCCACCAUCGACGUCGCCAUUUUGCACGCAGAUCCCAAAAAGAGUAGCGCUACCGAUGCGGCAGCACAGACAGUUGCAAAAGCAGGAGCCACAGAAGCACAAACAGCUUCCUCUACAGCAGAAGACCCACCCACUGUAACAACAACGCAUAUCUCUGCAACAGAACGUACAGAGCUAGACAUCACAACCCUCGUCCCUGGCACAAGCGUCCGAAUCAAAGGGACGCUCUCGCAAUUCCGAUCACGGAUGCAACUCAACCUAGAGCGGUACGAGCUAAUCCACGACACGAACUCGGAGAUGGAAUUCCUGGACUCGCGGUUACGGUUCCUCGUCGAAGUCCUCUCCAAGCCGUGGGUCCUGCUCGAUUCCGAGAUUGAAGAUUUACGCAUCGAAGCGGAACGCGAUGGGAUGAAGAUCGGGGAGGAGAAACGCCGUGCCGAGAAGCGUGCUAGGAAGCGCAAAGAGCGCGAGGAGAGAGAUCAGAGGCUUAUUGCGAGACGGUAUGAGAAGGAGGAGAGGAGGAGGGAGCAAGAGGCUGGUGUGCUGAGGGCUAGGGGGGAAAGGCUAUGA